AUGGCUCUCAGGUUAUUUUCAAAAGUAAGGGUGAUCCCGGAUCUUCGAAAUGCUGCUUUUGCUAGCUCAGCCGCAGCGCCUGCCGAACUAUCCGAUUUUGAUAUGCAGCAUAAGUCCCCAGUUAUUCGUAAGCAGCAAUUGAUCCCAAAGGCCCAUUACGGGGGUCGUCAUGCUGUUACCAUGCUUCCAGGAGGAGGAAUUGGCCCCGAAUGUAUGGGCUACGUACGGGAUAUUUUUAGGUAUAUUGGUGCCCCUGUUGACUUUGAAGUCGUAGAUAUUGACCCAACAAUGGACAAUGACGAUGAUGUUCAAUAUGCUAUUACAACCAUUAAAAGAAACGGUGUUGGUCUCAAGGGCAACAUUGAGACAAAAAGUGAGGCUGCAUAUGUGACAUCACGCAAUGUCGCACUCCGUAAUGAGUUAGAUAUGUAUGCAUAUGUUCUUCACUGCAAGUCUUUUAUUGGAGUGCCCACCAGACAUAAGGAUAUUGAUAUUCAUAUUAUCAGGCAAAACACAGAAGGUGAAUAUGCUAUGUUGGAACACGAGUCAGUUCGAGGUGUUGUUGAAUCCAUGAAAGUAGUGACGGCUAGUAACUCUGAAAGGGUUGCAAGGUUCGCAUUUGAAUUUGCUAAGAAAAAUGGCAGAAAGAAGGUUACAACUGUCCACAAAGCCAAUAUUAUGAAGUUAUCUGAUGGUCUCUUUUUGGAGACAUCGAGACGUAUGGCAGAAGAAUACCCAGAGAUUGAACAUAACGACAUGAUUAUUGACAAUUGCUGUAUGCAGCUUGUGGCUAAACCUCACCAAUUCGAUGUGAUGUUAAUGACAAACCUGUACGGAUCUAUUGUGUCUAACGUGGUGUGUGGUCUUCUGGGAGGGGCUGGUCUACUCUCAGGGAGGAACUAUGGCGAUCACUAUGCGGUAUUCGAACCUGGUACUAGGAACACUGGCACAGCAAUUGCCGGCAAAAACAUCGCGAACCCAAUCGCAAUGAUAAACGCAUCUAUCGACAUGCUUGAACAUUUGGGACAUCACUUCCACGCUGGCUUACUGCGUAGGGCUGUCAAUAAGACGGUGAAUAUCGACAGGGUGUUGACCCCAGAUGUCGGUGGAAGCAAUUCUUCGUCGGAGGUCGUGGAUUCGAUUAUAGGUAACAUUGGAAAAUCUUAG